AUGGCGCAACUUACGAGAAAUGAGGUUCACACCUACGCCGAGGCCAUGAUCGCUGCCAUCAAGACACCCGCGUUUCAGGAGCGCGUCCGUGCUGCGAUGAGCCGUGAGCCGACACCGGCGGACGCUGAGGCCGUCAUGAAGCGCUACGAAGAAGUACAGGCGGACUACUUCACGAACCACUACAACGCCGAAGCCGGCGGCAUCUGCAGCAGCGCCAGCGCGGGAGCAGAGAGCAGAGGCACUGGCGGUGCGGGUGGUCGUGCGAAGAGCUCUCAAGAUGCGUCCGAGGCACUGGCGCAGCAGGUGGACGACAUGAACCUUCAGGAGGCAAGCGAUGCACCGAAGCUGGACGGCGUUGAAAUUGUGGAGCAGCUCAAGAACGCGGUACGCGUCUACAAGGAGAAGGAGACGGUGCGGCUCAUCACAGAGCUCUGCUUGCUGAUCGAGUCGCAGGUGACGGCGCUUCCAGCGACCGUGCCAGCCCUGAGACACCUCUACAGCAAUUCCGUGUACGGCUCCAGUGCGAUGGAGCAUGCGCAGGCGGCGUCCGCACAGGCCGGCGGCGGUGAGAGCGUGCUACCCGUCGCGCAACCGUCUCCACAGGUAAUGUCAAUGAUGGGCAUGGCGAUGCGCACCCUCAACCCAAGGCAACGCGAGACCCUCGAGCGGGUGCAGCGGGCAAUGAUGAAUGGCAGCCCGCCGCUGCCGGAGGAUAUGCAAGACAUGCUCCUUAUUCAGCGUCAGCUUGGCGCCUUCAUGCAGACGAUGCAGCGCUUCGGCCAGAUGCCGAGCGGCAGGGGUUGUGGCAGUGGCGGUCGCGGCGGCUGUGGCGGGCAAGGGGGCCAGUAG